UUCAACCCAGUCUCGUCAGGUGCACAGUACCUGCAACAGACUGCCCUAUGGCAGUCUUUCCGCGUAGUUAGACCAUAUGUGAUGUAUUCGCUGGAACACGGCGUGAAUCUGUCAAGGCGGGCAUGCAAGACAGGCUACGUGUUGUUGACUGUGUUGUUAUUGUUGUUGUUGAUCGGAAACAGACACUGCUUUGCCAAACCGCCGAACCAUGCUGCCGACAACCACAAACAGCCCUCGGCUAACCUUGACACUAACUCGUAUGACUUCAGCAGUUUGUAUAAGGCCAUUCCGACUCCCUCCGGCCAUCGAACGAACCUCGUUCCGGUGGAAGAUGUUAAGGACAAUACACAGGAGGAGGUUAUUACGGGGCUCGUUACCCAGAAAACGCCGGAUAAAAAGGAGGUGACCAGAUAUCCCAUCAUUUCGGUCUCUUUUCACAGAGUCGAAACACCGUUCAUCAUUGCUUUAUGGAUUUUUUGUGCCAGCCUGUCCAAAAUAGGAUUUCACAUGGCGCCGAAGCUGAGCGAGAUCUUUCCCGAAUCGUGCCUACUGAUCUUCGUGGGCGUGGUGAUCGGAGUGAUCUUGGUGCAUAUAACAGAUAGCGUACACAUGUCACCAUUGACACCUGAUACGUUUUUCUUUUACAUGCUUCCACCGAUCAUCCUCGAUGCCGGCUACUUCAUGCCUAAUCGACUGUUUUUUGAACAUUUUGGCACUAUUCUCUUGUUUGCUGUUGUUGGCACUAUUUUUAAUACUUUAACUAUAGGUGCUUCCUUGUGGGCGGUCGGACUGACAGGUCUGUUUUCCUGUGAUACUCCCCUGCUAGACAUGUUCCUGUUCGGCUCACUGAUCUCCGCAGUCGAUCCAGUAGCAGUUCUAGCAGUAUUCGAAGAAAUUCAAGUUAACGAGAUUUUGUACAUAGUUGUGUUUGGCGAAUCGCUUCUCAACGAUGCUGUGACGGUGGUCCUGUACCACCUCUUCGAGUCCUACACGGAGAUGGGGCUCAAGAAUAUCCUGUACGUCGACAUGAUUUCGGGAUUCCUGAACUUUUGGGUGGUCGCCAUCGGCGGGACGGUCAUCGGGGUGAUUUGGGGCAUCGCCACCUCCAUAGUGACUAAGUUUACGAAUGAAGUGCGUGUUAUAGAACCUAUUUUUAUAUUUGUUAUGGCCUAUUUAGCAUAUUUAAACGCCGAGAUAUUUCAUAUGUCCGGAAUUUUGGCAAUAACUUUUUGUGGCAUUACAAUGAAGAAUUAUGUGGAAGCUAAUAUAUCUCAUAAGUCUCAUACUACCAUCAAAUACACCAUGAAAAUGUUAAGCAGUUCCUCCGAAACCAUCAUAUUCAUGUUCCUGGGAGUAGCUACUGUCAACAAGAACCACGAUUGGAACACCUGGUUCGUCAUUCUGACGAUAGUUUUUUGCUCAUUUUAUCGAGUUAUAGGAGUUAUAAUAUUUACUGCAUUAGCGAACAGAUUCCGCUUGAACCAGCUGAGUACCGUCGACAAAUUCGUCAUGUCCUACGGAGGCUUGAGAGGAGCCGUUGCCUUUGCCCUGGUGCUCCUGAUAGAUCCUCGAACGGUCAAGUUGCAGCCCAUGUUCAUGACCACGACGAUUGCCGUUGUGUACUUCACAGUAUUCUUUCAAGGUAUUACGAUCAAACCUCUGGUGAAGAUUCUCAACGUCAAGACGGCAGAGAAGAAGAAGCCUACGAUGAAUGAAAGGAUUCAUGAAAGGCUGAUGGAUCAUGCCAUGGCAGGAAUUGAAGAUAUCUUAGGACAGCAUGGCAACUAUCACAUUCGAGACAGAUUCAAACGAUUUGACAACCACUUCAUCAGGCCUUACGUACUGCGGAAUCACCAAGGAGCAGAACAGAAAAUCCUGGAGACGUAUUCAAAGCUAGCGAUGAGGGACGCUAUGGAGUACAUGCGGCGCAAUGCCUCUACCAUCGGCAACAUUUCUGGGACGGAGAGUAUGUCAGCCAUAUUCAAGAAUUACACUGCAGGAAAUAUUAAUAGCAGGUCCGGCACUGAUUCUGAUGAGCCAUUGAGGGAGAGUACAAGCUUUAGUCAAUUAGAUUCUAGCACUUGGAACAUAGAUAUGCAAGAAUUAGAGUAUAACCCUUCGAAGAAAGAUUUAACUGAUGCAAAGAUUCAUCAUCUGUUGGCAGAGGAACUGGGAAAGCCUUAUAGAAGGCACAGUAGACGAGGCAAUUUAAUAACGCACAGUCGAAGAGGCAACUUACUAACGCAUCGCAAACUUAGCUAUAGUAGACAUGCAGUCAACGAUCGAGAUCUUUCGACCCAAGUCAAUUACAGGAUGCACUUUAACAUGCGGAGGUUGGUGGCUGAUAAGAAACACCAUCACAAAAGACACAGCAAAAAGCUCAAUAAGGAUGGAAAGCAAAACCACGUGAGUUUCCCGGAAUUCCAGCAAAAUGGAACGGCGAAGCAGUUCUGUUCGGAUUACAUAACAGAAGUUCUCAAUGAGGACGAAACAGAGCCUUCUUCAAAAACGACGAAAGAAGACUGGGAUAGUCCCAUUACCUUUACGGCAAAAUCAUCACUUACAGAUGAAAGCGUUUGUUCCGAUAGUGCAAAGAGAUCUUCAAAGGGAUCGAUAGACGUAGGUGACUUCAUGAGAGUGUCUACACCAACGGCGACAGAGAUGAUGCUCCCUUGGAAACGGGAAGAGGAAGGAUGCGUCCCUAUCCUGCAAAGCGAGUUCCCGGGAUGGGCGUCCAAUAAAGAAUACCUAGCAUAUAAUUCACCCUCGGCCACCUUCUUAGGUGGUCUAGAAAAUCCACGCUCAUCAGUCAUAGGCCUCUUUCGACGUGAGAGCAUCGGCUCUGAGCAAUCGUGCAGCGCCGAAUCUACUCCACAAAAGGAAAGAAGGAAUUCGUCAGGACGAAGUACUUCUCUUCUCGUAGAUGACAGCGAAAAAGAGUCGGAUCCGUUAGGUGUGUUACAGAAACCGCUGAUGCCGAUAUCUCCUCUUCCUCAACCACCCGGACAGAGACGACAGGCUAGAAGAGGAUCGAUGAUGGAGUUGAAUAGUGGAUCCAUCACUAGGGACAUAAUUCCCGAAGAAGCUUUUGGCACGUCGUCGUUGCGGAGGCCAUCCUGGGUGAACUCCAAUACAGCCCAACGACGAUCGAGCUUCACUAGGCAACCGACGACGACCUUGGGAGCAUCCCUAAUGACCACAGUUUCGUCCCCAUCGCCGACACCUUCAGACGAGUCGACCGACGACGCCGAUAUUGACUGUUUGAUGAAAGCUGGGUUCUAGGGCUUAUUUAUUUAAAUAUUAGCGACUGAAAGAUUAUUGUGAUUGAACUAGAUUGGGUACAUAGCUUAAUUGGAAGAUUUAAGUUUCGUUAUUGGAUGCUGGGCUCUCUUAUGUGAGUAACGAAGGUAACAUUAGUUACUAAAGCUUUUGCUCUUGCGAAGUCGCGCAAAUACCUUCUUCGGAGAUCCCUGGUUCAAAAAUAUAGAACAUAUACAGAAUAUAUACAUUAAAUAAAAAUUACUAUUGUGUAAAAAUACACAAGAGGCUCACAAGGUUGUAUGUCUAUAUCGUUUGGUAGUACAACCUUAACAACUCUAUCCAAACCCAGUCAUAACUUUUUCAAUUGUAUUUUUAGGUUUAUCAUUACAACAUUUCUCCAGAGUCUUUUUUUAUUUAUUGUUCUGUUAGUGUUUUCAGGGUUAAUAUCCCCUGCAACCACAGGAGUUAUUAGCUACAUAAAAUAUAAUACAGGGAAUGUUACAAUAACUUAUAUAAAUCUUCUUCUUCUUCUUAUACUUGUUGUAGAUCUGUCGAUCUGUUAAUUCCGACGUUAACGUAUUUCUUGAAAGGUAGACUGCCAGCUAUCUCUCCAUAUUUUUGGUGGUCUCCCCGGUGGACGUUUGCCUGCUGGUUUUCCUUCUAGCGCAAUUCUUGGUAGUCUGUGCUCCUCCAUUCUUUUUACAUGACUGAACCAUUCUCUUCGUCUUUGCCUGCCCCAUCUGAGAACAUCUUGCACGCCACAUUGUUCCCUGAUGAUGUUGUUUAUUAUUCUAUCUCUUCUUGUCUUCCCUGCUAUUGCUCUUAGUGUCUUCAUUUCGGCUGUUCGUAGCAUGCUUUUGGUUUUAUUGGUGUCUUCUCUUAAUUCAAUGCCCUAGGUCAUAACACUGAUGCAAGUUUUAUAAAUUCUAACUUUGCUGUCCAUUCUCAUAUAUGGGUUAUUCCAGCCACACCUCUCAAACAUCCGGACAAGACAGCGGCCUUGUUAAUUUGUCCUCUUAGGUCUCUGGCUGGGUCAUGAUAACUUGAUAACUCUACACCUAGAUAUUUGAACUGGUUUAGCUGUUCUAUGGGGUUCCCCGCUACCACGAGAUUGCAUCUAAUUGGGUCUUUCGCAAUGGUAAUGCAUUUUGUUUUCUGCGUGGAUAUGUUCAUGUUGAGUCGUCGACAUGCUUGAUAGAAUCAAUAAAGUUGUCUUUGUAGGUCAUCCUCGUCUUCUGCAAUCAGGGCUACAUAAUCCGCAUAGCACACUAUACUGAUUCUACUGUGGCCGAGUCUGUAUCCUAGUUGUAGCGAUUCCACAUCUAUUAUUUCAUCCAUUAGCAUAUUGAAUAGAAAUGGACUGAGGCUGUCUUCCUGCCUGAUUCCUGCUGGUAUUGGUAUGUUGGCCGUAGUGGUGUCGUUUGUUUUAAUUUUUGUCGUGUUGUUAUUGUUCAUUUGUUUUAUGACUUCAACAAUGUUUGCCCGUAUCCUUUUUUGCUUAAUUUUCUUUAUUAUAUCGCUAAGUCUGACUCUUUCAAAUGCUUUCGUUAGGUCUACGAAGCAAAUAUAUGCAGGUUUGUUAUAUUCUAUCUACUUCUCUUUCACUCGUUUCAUGACAAAUACUGCGUCCGUCGUCGACCUGUCUUUUCUGAAUCCUUGCUGUUCUUCUCUGUUCUUUAUCUGUGAUUCCAAUUUAUCCUUGAGUAUGCUUGUGAAUAACUUCAUUGUCGUAUUUAAGAGAGUUAUUCCUCUGUAGUUGUCCGGACAUGAUCUUUGUCCUUUCUUAUAUAAAUCAAUGUCUUUUAUAUAACCUAUGGUCUUUUCAACAAUCUCUUUGCAGACGAGAGGACUGAGCUGGAAGUCAUUCAGGAAAAAGUGAUAGAUGUUCACAACUUAACUGGUCCCGAUAUCACAAUUUUAUUGAAGAAAUUACUAGAGCAGUAAAUACCUCGAAAGACGGGAAAGCAAUUGGAUCUGAUCAAAUUCCUGUUGAGUUACUCAGAUUGUUAGAUGAAGAAGGAAUUACGAUACUCCAACGAUUUUUCAACCAUAUCUAUAAAAAAUACAGUUGUUUGGCAAUCUUCGAACAUUGGUGACACAGUUCAAGUAAAGAGGUAUUUAUGGGUUAAGUUACUAUGCCCUAGCUGCAAAUGCGUUAUUCUCACUUGGGUCUGUUCAAUGUUGGUUGGGGCCACUGUUUCACUACAUAUUUAUAUUUAUUUUUAUUUUAUUUUGCGAUACACUCGACAUAUUUUGCCACCCACUAAACACUUUCGAUUUGAAGAAUGAACACAUAAGAAGAAACUUCAUUAAUGUAAAUGGGUUCCUGCCUGAAGGAUCCUUCUUCUUCCUCCAAGAAGAAAGAUAUGUUAAAGAGUCUGUAUAAUAUCGUUAAAUAGACUAUACUGACAACCGGACAAAUUACGAACUGAAUUUUUUAUAUAAAGUCUCAAUAGACUUCAAAAGUCCCAUAUCCUUAAUAUUACAAUUUCUGACAUAAUUACAUAGAUCUUCAAACCUAUAUAGCAGUAGCAAAAGCUAAAGCAGAAGCGUAUUCAAACCUAUACCAUCAACUUGAUACCAGGGAAGGCGACGCAAAGAUAUAUAAAAUAGCCAAACAUAGAGAGCAAAGAAAGCAAGAGAUUUUAAUCAGAUUAGAUGUAUCCGAGAUGAAAAUAAUAAAAUACUAAUUCACGAAAAGGAUGUCAAAAAGAGAUGGAGAAAGUAUUUUGACAGUUUAUUAAAUGAAGAAUUUGACAGACAGCCUGUGGAGUUAACGGAGACAGUAACAGCAAUGGUUACCAGAAUAACAAACGCGGAAGUGGCUCAAGCACUUCAAAAAAUAAAGAAAGGAGAAGCAGUCGGACCAGAUGAUAUUCCUGGGUAAGUAUGGAGAGCAUUGGGAGAGACAGGAAUAAGUUGGCUAGCAGGUAUAUUUAAUAGAAUUAUGGAAGUUGGACAAAUGCCAGACGAAUGGAGAAGCAGUAUAUUAGUACCUGUCUACAAAAACAAGGGAGACAUACAACAAUGUACAAAUUACAGGGCUAUAAUAUAUGAAAAAUACUUAGCCACACCAUGAAAAUAUGGGAGAGAGUAAUUGAUAGACGGAUACGUGAAGAAACCGAAAUAUCCGAUAAUCAAUUUGGCUUUAUGCAAGGCAGAUCAGCAACAGAUGCAAUUGUCAUUGUAAGGCAACUGAUGGAAAAAUACAGAAAUAAAGAGACCAACGCUCAUAUGGUAUUCAUUGAUCUUGAGAAAGCAUAUGAUAGAGUUCCUCGAGAGAUUCUGUGGUGGGCACUCAAUAAGAAAGGAGUCCCGGGCGAAUAUGUAAAGAUUGUGAAAGAUAUGUAUGAGGGAGUAACGACUAGUGUUAGGACAGGUGUGGGAGAGACUGAUUAAUUUCAGGUGAAAGUAGGAUUGCACCAAGGCUCAGUGCUUAGUCCUUAUUUAUUCUCAUUAAUUUUGGACCAGAUAACAGUGAAACUACAGGGUAGCAUUCCAUGGCACCUAAUGUAUGCUGAUGAUGUAGUGUUCAUAGGAAAUAGUGAAAGAGACUUAGAACAAAAACUGGAACAGUGGAGACAAGCUCUGGAGGAAAAAGGUUUAAAACUUAGUAGGACAAAAACAGAGUAUUUGAAAUGUUCAUUUAAGGAUGGAGUUACUACAAAUAAAAUGGUAUCUUUGGAUGGUGAAAUGAUUGUGAAAAGUAAUAGUUUCAAGUACCUAGGAUCGGUAUUACAGAGUAAUGGAGAAAUAGAUGGAGAUGCAUGCAGUAGAAUUAGGGCUGGAUGGAUGAAGUGGAAAGAAGCGAGUGGUGUGUUGUGUGACAGAAAAAUUCCAAUGAAGCUGAAGGGAAAAUUUUAUAAAACAGACAUAAGACCGGCUAUGAUGUACGGAACUGAAUGUUGGGCAGUGAAAAAGAAAGAGGAACAACGAAUGCAUGUGGCGGAAAUGAGAAUGCUUAGAUGGAUGAGUGGAGUGACAAAGAAGGAUAAAAUUAGAAAUGAGUAUAUUAGGGGAAGUCUAGAUGUGGCACCAACUGACGCCAAAAUGAGAGAGCAUAGGUUAAGAUGGUUUGGUCAUGUUCAACGUCGAGACGUUAAUCACCCAAUACGAAGAAUAGCUGAAGUGCAGAUUUCUGGAAGGAGUAGGAGAGGAAGACCAAAGAAGACCUGGCGGGAGACGAUAAGGCAGGACAUGUUGGUAAAGGGGAUUAACAUUGAUAUGACCCAAGAUAGAAUUGUGUGGAGAAAUGCAAUUAGGGAAGCCGACCCCGCAUAGGGAUAAGGCAAAAAGAAUGAUGAUGAUGAUGAUGACAUAAUUUAUUUUUAUUUGGUAAAUUACUCAAAUGACACUUCUACUAUCCCGCUCCUGACGCCAUGCUUGUCUCGUGAUGACUUACUCUCCAUUUUUUCAUUCCCUGAUUAUCACUCUUCUUUGGUACUAUAAGUAAUGGUGAUGAGUAUUCCGAUACUGCGUUUUCAAUGAUUCCUUCCUCUAACAUUUUGUCUAUCUGUUUAUUGAUUUCCGUUUUCUGUCCGUGUGGCAAUCUAUAUUGUUUUCUGUAAACUGGUGUCGUAUUUUUCUGCAAUAUAAUUCUUGCUUUGUAUAUAUUCGUUGUAGUGCAAGGAUCGUCCUCCAGAUAAAAAAACAUCUGCGUAUUUCGCACAGAUUCUUUCUAUGGACCUCUUUUCUUCUAACUUACUGGGAUGUGGUAUGGUCGAAGCGAAGAUCGGUGAGAUAUGCGCAUUUUAUCAAUGAAAUUCGAUAUUUGUAGGACAUUCCAGAAGCCGCUACAGAUAAAAUGUUUUAACAAGCCAUUAAUCAUUCAGAAUUAGUCGACGGAUAUUAGUACAGUUAAAAUAAUUCAGACGAUAACUGGCCGAUAAUGAUUUAAUGAGUAAAUUUAAAGUUUUUUCUACUUUAAUGACAAAAAAGCAAGCUCAUUAACAGAGCCCAAUUAAAAAUUAUUUUGCACAUCAUUUUUGAAACAUUAUUUGGUUGAAAAAUCUCAUUUUGGUUGGCUAAAAAAUAUAUUAAUUUGUCUGGACUAAAUGACAGUUAUGUUUAUCUUAAAAGUUAUGUUACUAUCAACAUUCACACAGUGUUGCCAAACUGAAUUUUGUUAUUUUGAGUGUAAAUUUUCCCAGCGAUCUCCGGGGGUACAAUACAAAAGAUCAUCCUAGGCUAUGAAUUCUAUUAGUCUUGGCACUUUUUAUAGGUUUUACCAGUGAUUGCGUAAAUAAAAUCGAGGGAUUAAACUUGGAUCCAAUAACGAAAUUUAAACAGAAAAAAUUCUUAAAUUGGAUAAUGAAAAUACGUUAAGGUACUGAUAAGAAAAUAUUUUGUUAACGUCCAUUCCAUGAUAGUUUGCUCAUGCUAAAAAAAUCAUCUGUUAAAAGAACUAUUCGUCUAUCUUGUUUGACUAAAGCUAACAAAUUAUGUUAACUUUCUAUCGGUAAUGUGUGACAAUUUUGGUUUACUGAGAACAUUACCGUAAAUAAGUAAGUAAAUAAGUGUGGGCGAGAUUCACUACAAUAUAUAAUUUUUCGUACAUAAUUUUAUAUACAUAAAAAUAUAAUAAAUAGGCUCAGUUGUAGUAGUUUCCUUUAAACUGGAAAAACCAUUGGAGAGGUUUCAACAUUUUUGAGAACUCUCAAUAAAUAUUGGCAUUUAGUAACACACAAUUUAGAAACAAAUUUUAUCAGCACCAUCCUCGUAGAUUUUACACAUCACGUAGCCCAGAUGAACGAACCAGAAAUCAAGAUCAAGAUGCAAAUCCUCAGCCAACAACUGUAAAACAUACCUACCCGGGAGGAGACUGUGGAAGUGACCAUCAACUCCUAGUAUUAAACGUCAUCCUUAAAAGGAGACCCCUAAGAAAAAGCAUGUUCCCAAACUCCUCAAAAAUCAACGAACUCCAAGAACAUUUAGAACAACAACCUUUCUUUAGAUCAAGUAGAUAAUGAUCCUAAAAAAGUUGGAUCUAUCUCAAAAACAAAAUAAUCUAGCGUAGAAAAACUAUACGACACCCGUCUCCACUAACCGUAAGCCAUGGAUAACUGAUGACACUUGGACUAUGAUUUAACGCAGAAAAGAACAAGAUUUGGAGUAAACGAUGGAUAUAUAGCGUUAUAUAAUAUCUCCCAAAUAUACAGAGAAGAAAAUGUUUGCCAGAAGGAACCGAGAAAUUUAUUUCAAAAGGUCAAACUCCUUACCAGAUGGAUAAGAAAUGUAACCUGAAGAACGAUACUGAUGAAAUAUGUGAUAAUCUCGGAUAAUAAAUUCAGCAGGAGACAGAAUUCGUUUUUAUAAGACAUUUACAUACAUACAUCGGACUACAUACUUUCAUCGGAAAAGUCUGUUGUACAAGACGUAACCGUUCUUAACCAUUUUACAACUGGUAGUGACCAUAGAUUAGUUAGAGCGAACCUAAGCAUUAAUGGGCAACUUGAAAUGAAAAAGAGAACACAAAAUUUACAAAAUUUAGAUAUGAAAAAUUAAGGGAAAAUAAACAAGAGUAUAAAGAGAAAAUAAAAACAUCAUGCCCGAUAAAAAUCAACUCGUAAAUAAAGGAGUCGACUAAAUUAAUAACAUUCUAACACAAACAUUACUGAAAGCCGGGAAAGAAGUGGCACCCAUGAGAAAGAAAAGACAAGAAUGGAUCUCACAUGAAAUAAAAACAUUAAUGGAAAAAUGGAGAACACUAGCUCAACAAAACAAGAGAUAAACAGCAAAGUAUUCGAAGAUAAACAAAAGCAUCAAGAAAAAGAUAAAAGAAGAGAAAAGAAAGGAACAAGAAGGACAAGUUGAAAAAGAUAUUCAACAAAACAAGAAUAUGAAGUGCUUACGACCAAAUCUGGGAAAAACAGAAAUAAAUACCAUCAAAAAUCAGAUAGAAGAGACCAACGAUAUACAUGAAAUAUUAGAGCAAUAACACAACAGUAUUACUUAGACUUAUAUCAAGAAAAGCAACCACCGACACAAGAAACUCUUCAAAAAUUGAAAACUAAAAUAAAAAAUGCUAACUCUGACCUACAACCAGAGAUUAGCAAAUCAGAAAUAAAGAAAGCCCUGAGAGAAAUGAAAAAUAAUAAAUCACCAGGAAGAGACGGCAUUACAGUGGAGAUGAUUAAAAAUGGCGGAAAAAUUACAAGGGAAGUUUUAUAUAUAUUAAUGAACAAAAUACUAAGUACACCAAACAUAUCCAGUAAUUGGAAUGAUGCAAUCACCUUAUUAUUGUUUUAAAAAGGAAACAAAAAAGAUCUGAAAAAUUAUAGACCGAUUAUCUUGCUUAAUGUUAUGUAUAAAUUGUUAACUAAAAUAUUAACCAACAGACUAACUCCUAAAUUCGACAAUUAUCAGACCUAAGAACAGGCAGGAUUCAGAAAAGGCUACAGUACAUGUAAUCACCUACUAACAAUGAAGUUACUUAUUGAGAAAAUAAAUGAAUACCAAAUACCCAUAUUAUAUAUAUAUAUAAUACCCAUUUAUAGAUUUUGAAAAGGCAUUCGACUUAAUAGAACACUGGGCAGUGAAACAAUCACUACACAAUAGCAGAGUAGAUUACAGGUAUACAGAACUAAUCUCUAAUAUAUACAGUAAGGCCACAACUACGAUCCAACUUGAACAGAAUACACACCCCAUACCUAUCAAAAGGGGCGUUAGACAGGGAGAUACGAUUUCGCCGAAGCUCUUCAACCAAGCCACCAAGCUCUAGAAGACAUUUUCAAGAGAUUACAAUGGGAAGAAUAUGCAUCAUUAACGGCCAAUACUUAAAUCACCUAAGAUACGCUGACGAUAUCGUCAUUAUCGCUACAGACAAGGAACAACUACAAAUAAUGAUACAACAACUAGACCACGAAGCCAGUAAAGUUGGAUUAAAUAUGAAUUACAGCAAAACAAAAGUGAUAACAAAUCAAGAGGAUGAGUUAAGAAUCGUAGUUAAACAAAACCAAAUAGAGGAAGUGAAUGAAUACAUAUACUUGGGACAAAUAAUAAAAUUGAAUAGAGACAACCAAACAGCAGAAAUAAAGAGACAAACGAAGUUAGCGUGGGCCUCGUUUGGUAAGCUCAGCUUCAUAUUGAAGACUAAAAAAUACCCUCAAUAUCUAAAAACGAAAAUCUACGACCAAUGUAUUCUUCCGGUCCUUACAUAUGAAUGUCAAACAUGGACGUUCACAAAAGCGAAUAUGGACAGAAUUGCGAAAACACAAAGAGCAAUGGAAAGACAAAUGAUCAUCGUAAGACUGUCAGAUAGAAAUAGGAAUUCCUGGGUAAGAAAUAUCACAAAAUUUAAAGAUGCUGCUCGUCAAACAGCUAAACUAAAAUGGAAAUUCGCCGGUCAUACGAUUAGACAAAAAGACGAAAGAUAGAAUAAAAUUAUUACAGAGUGGAGACCAUGGACAUAUAAACGAAAGAGAGGAAGACCACAGAUGAGAUGGGUAGAUGACCUAAAACACCAAGCAGGCUCAAAAUGGAUGCACAUGGCUCAGGAUAGAGAAAGAUGGAGGAGCGAAGGGGAGGCCUAUGUCCAAUAUUGGAUGUCGCAAGGCUAAUAGAUAGAAUAGAAGACUUAUUUUAAAAACCACACAUACAAAAGAUAAGAAAAUUAGCGUUAAUUACUCGUUUAUUUCGUUAUCGAAAUAUAUUUACAAUCUACAUAUCGGAACCUCAGGUCAAUGUGACGAUAUUUGAUACAUGAAUAAUGAUACUAAACGACGAUCGAGUGGAUUAGGAAUUGCAUUUAUUUAUUAAUGCGAAAAUGGAUACAUAAGGAGAGGAAAUCUCGCUCAACUCGCCAGGGGUAAGACAUGGAAGGAAUUACGCUCACCUCGCGUAGGGGAAGGGGUUGUGAACCGUCGAACCGUCGACCGUCAACCGUCGAAAUCGCUCAGCUCGCCAAGACUAUGAGGUUCGGAAGGUUUCGGAGUAUGGUCGGGAUAUACUUAACUCACCUAUUAUACCUUGUUGAUUAUUCUCCAUUCAACACACCGAGAAUAAUCAAAUGGAUUUCCGAUCCGUCUUCUGCACUGUUAGAGACGGUAAAAAUCCCGUGUUGCUUAAUAGGUACAUCUGCUUAAUAGGUUGCUUAAUAGACGUACUCUAGACGAUAAAAUUAUAUUUUCGUCACAAAUAUUGGAAACGUGGCGAAAUUAUUGUAGCGAUUUAUAUAAAAAUAGACUUCAGCCGAACAUUUAUAGCCAUAUUGUAUUAAGACAACUAUUAGUUCUUUGGUUAGUAUACUUCAACAAGAUAGACGAAUCUCAGCACAUUUGCGGAUUUAGCGUUAAAAAGACAAUAUAAAAAUCGAUAUUCUGUUGAUAAAUUAUUGUUAUUGGUGGUACAUAGGUGUAGUACAUUCGCUAGAUUUACUUCUAUUUUGAAUGGAUUAGGAAAUUAUUGAGUUUCAACUGUUUUAUUCAUCUAUACUCGAUAUGAGCUGUUUGACGUUUAUCUUUAUGUAUCAAAUUCGCUAAAUAGAAAAAGAGGAAAUGGCUCAGUUCUCUUAAUACUCUUAAGUAGGCAAUAUUAUAUAGUAUCUUUGUCUGCAGUGUUUCCAUAAAAUGAAGCUACUUCUCUAGUAUGUGCAUUCUUUAUAGUCUUCGUCGUGUGUCCCUAGACUCUGUCGGUUAAUCUAGAGUCUAGAGAAACGUUUCAUAUUUUGCAGCGCUGAAAACCACAUAAAAUAUCACGUAAGGCUUUUAUGACUUAGAAACCAGUUUUAGGUAACAGAAACCUGUCUAUGUAUAUCGCAAUAAAGUCCUGAAAUGUUAUGUAUGGUCCUAUUAUAUAUUUGUGAAACAUGGACAUUACCAACACUAUGCUUCAACAUUCUAACAAAUUAGAAUCAUUCGAAUUGUGGUACUAUUGAAGGAUCCUAAAAAUAUUGUGAGUUUCGCACACUUAAAAAUGAAGAUGUUAUUAUAAUUAUUAAUUCAGAAGAAAAACAGAAUACUUCUGCCAUAUAAUCAGAGGACCUAUUUCAUCUUAUAAUACAAGGAAAAGGGGAAGGAAGAGAUCAACUGGUCGAAAGAAACUUUCAUGGCUGCGUAAAAUUAGUCAAUAUUAGAGGAAAUGGCUCAGUACUCUUAAGUAGACUAUAGUUAGUAUAUUUGCACUGGUUCCAUAGUAGAACAAUUAUUUCGCACAGCAGCCGAUAGAGCAUGGAUUCAGGAAAUUGUAAACAUGAUAACAGCCAAUGUCUGAAUAUGGACACGGUGACUAAAGAAGACGAAGAAGUAUAACUAAGCACCUGUGCUUCGUUAAAUAAGAUUUUACAGUUUUCUUGUAUGAUUAAGCAAACAAGACGACUUUUAUUAAAGUAGAGGAUAUACAAUACGUUUAGUUUUCGAUUAGAUAUAUGUGGCUGAAUGAAGCGCUAAAAUCGGCAACACUGAUUAUAAAGAAGAGCUGCAUUUCCACUGUAGAAUGACUGAAAGCGCGAAUCAAAUGCAUUAGGUGGGCAGCGGGGAAGCAGUGUUGCCAUUUAGAAUGCGUAUAUCUAAUUUAAAACUAAACAGGCUGUAUCAACAAUUUUUUAAUUCUCUGUUGAACUGACAAAAAAAAGUAACAAACAACAUAGGAGAGGAAUCCGCUUCUUUGGAAUACUUUUAAAAUACAACUUUACCACUUUAGUAAACCAAAUUGAAAGCAAAUCUAGUGAAUGUAUUUCACCGACCAUUUGAUCUGUUGUUUCUGAUUUCACAAUUUUCUAUCGUGGAUGAACAGCACCAAAAAUGAUAUCAAAAUAAGAUGUUUGAAGUAUCUUAGUAUCGACCUAAAGUAUCUAAGUACUUAUAGCGAGUUUUUUCGAAUUUCUUUCGUUUUAAGUCCGGUACGUUUACAUUAAAUCGUAAUUUACGCAAUGUUCAUUUAGUAUCAUUGACAUUAUUCUUAUUAUAGUCUAAGAUUUAACCACAUGAUUAUGUACUACUAUGUAGUUCAAUUUUUUUAAUAGAAGUUAUUCUUGGCAAUUCAUUUAAUGCAUUAUUGGUACUAUUGGUCAUUAUCUAUAGGUUAUUUAGCAUUAUAAAACAUCAUUAUAAACCAAAGAUUCCAUAACACCAUAGUAUGGACUAAGCUUACCCAGGGGCAAUAGCAUACCCAGGGGCAUUACCAUAGCAAGUAACGACAACCUUGUUUUAGCAGACAUGAAAAUCAAACAAAAGAAAAUUAAAACAGCACCCAAAACCCCUAGAAUUAAUCUAGAAGACUAAAACAAGCUGAUCUCUGCCAAUAUAUCAAAGAACAAAUACACAAGGAAGUCCAGAAAGUAGAAAGACAAGGAUAACUUAACGCUAAAGAAAAAUGAAGUGAGGUAGAGAAGAUUCUGAGGUACAUCAUACAACAACUAGAGGGCGAUACAUCCCCUAAAAGCAACAAUAGAUAUUUAACACAAGAAAUAUAGUCAUUGAUAUCGGAAAUAAAAGAAUCGAAACGAACAACAAUACAAAAACGUAAAUAAAACAAUCAAACAAAAAAUCAAAGAAGCGAAGGAAUUGUAGCUAUCAGAAAAAUGUACAGAAAUAGAAAGAUUAAAAACAACAUGACAGCUUUAACAUACACCUACAGGAAAAUUAAAGAAACAUCUGGCGUAUACAAGAAAAAAGGUUUUGGAAACAUAAUGGACGAAAACAACAAAAUAUUGAUUGAAAGUGCAGAGAACAUAAAUAUAUAAAAGAGCUAUUUGAAGACGAGUAAAUAAUGGAGACAAUAGAGCCAACAGGUAGAAAUUAACCUACAGUUAUCAAAAGAGAGAUUGAAAAAGCACUAAAAGGAAUAAAAAAUGAUAGAGCCAUGGGACCGGAUGAAAUACCUACAGAAACUUAAGACUACUAACAGAGAGCCACAUUGAAAUACUAGUAUAAUUAUUCAAUGAAAUUUACUAUAUCGAGGAAAUUCCAAAAGAAUAGAUAAUAUCUGAAUUCAUCUCAAUACCCAAUUUUUGUCAUCAACCCAGGAUCCCAGAUAUUUGUAUGACUUAACUUUUUCUAUUUGGGUUUGCUCUAUCAUUAACCUUUCAUUUCCAUAUUCUGUUUUUGAGACGAUCAUAAAUUUAGUUUUUUUCUUGUUUAUUUUUAGUCCGUAUCGAAUGCAAUAAUCGUUAAUUCUAUUUAGCAAUUCUUGUAGCGAUUCCAGGGUGUCUGCCAUUAUAACGGUGUCAUCAGCGAAUCUUAUGUUAUUUACUAUUCUUCCGUUUAUAGAGAUUCCAUCACUUAGCUCCGCUAUCGCUUCCUGAAAUAUGGCUUCACUGUACAGGUUAAACAGUAGCGGCGACAGAACACAACCCUGUCUUACUCCUCUCUUUAUAUCAAUAUUCUCAAAUUUUUGUUCUUCUAUCUUUAUAUUGGCCUUUUGAUUCCAAUACAGAUUGAUGAUAAUUCGUAAAUCUCGUCUGUCUAUAUCUCUGUUUUUCAAUAAUUCUAUUAGUUUUUCAUGUCGGAUCCUGCCGAACUCUUUUUCGAAGUUGAUGAAAGAGGAAUAAAUUACCAGGUUCAUAUGUAAGCAUCUUUGAGAGAGGACAUUAAACGCAAACAAUGCCUCUCUUGUUCCAAGGCCUUUGCGGAACCCAAAUUGGGUAUCAUCCAGAAAUUAAUACUAGAUUAUUAGGAUGCUAUGUAUUCUGUGCCCUUUUAUAUGAAGUUGAAGCUUCGAUAAUUAAUACGGACGCAACUGAAAAAGACUUGCCAGCUGAGAUGUGAUGUUAUCGGAGAAUGUAGAAAAUACCAUGGAUACAACACGUAAAAAAUCCGGAAUCAUUAAGAAAGAUGAAAAAAGAAAUACUGGACACUAGGAAAGGAAAGAAAAAUCUACUUUGGUCACAUAUAAUGGAAAAUUCUCGAGAAUGAAAAAUCGGAGAAUAUUCCCGAGAAUAUUCUCGAUAUGGAGAAUUUUCUGAGAAUGAACCUUAUGACGCGCUUAUGGAUAUUGUUAAAGAUGAAAUAGGGUAUUAAAAAUCAUCAAAUUAUAUACAAAAUUAUGAGACGAAAACAACAGUGUUCUUUAUAUAUAAGAAAAUACAAAAACAACAGAAAAUAAAAUUUAUUUGACAAAAAAAAUGAAAUUUUCUUAACAGCAAGUACUGGAUGUGGUGAGCUAAUCUGAAAAAGAUGAGGCCUCAGAUUCAGAAUCUAUUUCUAUCAUUAGCUCAUUCUGGUCAUCUACAUUCUGCAUUUCAAUGUACUGAUGAGAAGUUGUGGGAUUUUGUUUUUCACUAGUCGCCAGCUCAGUCAUGGAUUGGUCUACGUCUAACAAUUUUAAAUUGUAAGCAAUAAAAGUUACCUUAUCAACCCGAUCAUCAGGAAGCCAGUUUCUUUUAGAGGAGUGGAUAAAACCAUAAGUACUGAAACUUCUUUUAGUCGAUGCACUGGAUGAAGGCAUGCUUACCGUCAUUGGACGAACCUAACAACUGUGUUGGCUGAAAAGCAGUUGAUGAAUGUUUCUGUUGAUCCUUUUCAAAUAAUUGUCUCGCUCCCACCGGACAUUUAAAACAUUUUACUAAAUGUUUUGUCAUUCUUGUUGCAUUUUUCAAGUAUUGACUAUCACAAAAUUUGCAAAAGUACUUGUUUUACCUUGUACACUUUUAAUUUUACAGUAAUUUCAUAUAUUCCUUUUAAAGCGAGCACCACACUCUCGCGAAGUUACUUCGGGAAAGUUCACCGAAGUCCGAAGUACCAGUCACUACACACUCAUUCUACUUCGCGAGGAACACAUUCACGCCGGGCGAUAAGAACUUCGGUUCCUUUGACUUGGUCUCAAAAACCGCCACAGAAUGCAAGUAGGCCGAGACGCAGCAAAGCCGCAUGAACAACCUGUCUACACUCUCGUACUCGCUGAACUUCGGUCGACUUCGCGAGUAGUAUAGUGAGCGUUUUAGAUUUUUUUAGUAAAUUAUGCUUUACUUCGAUCCAUUCUAACGGUUUGCACGUUAAUAUAGCACCAAAGCAAUAAAUACUGACACUGUAAACACCCUAGCUAGUGGUUCAUGGGAUUUCCCAGCUCCGGCUACUCAGAUUUUCGGGGAUUUAAUCUAAAAUCGCGUGAAAGCGAAAAAGCAUUUCAUAAGCGAAGCGGCAAGUAGGUGUUUGAGCUUCAAGAAUAAUAAUGUUUGGGAUCCAAAAAAUAUACUAGGUGAAUUGGCAAAAACAAUACAGAAAAUUCUCGAAAAUAAUUUUCUGCCCGAGAAUAUUCUCGCUGAGAAUUUUCUGGUCGAGAAUAUUCUCUUCUUAAAGUUGACACCAUCUAUCUAUCACCCGUCGGCAAAUUCAAACAAAAAUAUAACUCCAGACCAUCUUUUACCACCUUUAGUCCGGACAAAUUAAUAUAUGUAUUUAAUAUAUUUUUUACCAUCAAAUGAGAUAUUUUAAUCAAAUAUUGUAUCAAAUGUAAUUUGCAGAAUAAUUUUGUAUUACGUUCCGCUAAUGAACUCGCUUUUUUGUCCUUCAAAGUAGAAAAAAGUUUCAAUUAUAUUGCUUAAUAGUAUAAUUGUCUAACAAUUUUAACUGUACUAAUCCCCAAGUAUAAAUUUUUAAGUGCUAAACUGAUUGAUUUACGAUGAGUAACCGGAUUGUAAGAAAAACCGGCAUGUGCCUAGAUAAAGGGACAUCGGUUUACUCGAAUUUCAUAACAUACAAAUAUUAUCUCUUUGAAUUUGCCGACGGGCGAAAUAUCGAUGGACCCGACUUUACAUCACUAGUCACAUACUAAAAAAUGAAAAUAAAAGUUGAUGCGAAUGGCUAUACAAAGCAAAGUGGGAGGAAAAAGAGGACCGGGGAGAACGAAUCACAAUCAUAUAAUAAUAUCUAAAAAUAAAAGGGGGGAUCGAAAUGUUUUGUUUUUUGAUAAAAAAAAUCUGGAAAUGGAGCAAUCAUGUGGUCAAAUCUAGCACGAAUAGAAAUAGAGUAACUAUUUAUAAAGAGUUACCAGUUUGCUUUGUUCUAGGCAAUAUGUUACGUUUGUAGGUUCAUGGAACACUUAAACUAACUAGGUUAUUAUUUGGAAAACGCCAUAAUGUUCUAACUGAAUCAUUACAUUAAGAAUACUAUACAUGAUAUUAAUUAUUAAUUUUAGGGAUUUUAGGGUUUUUACAAGAAAACUACGAUGGUGGAUAAAUAUGUGUUUCGAAUAUCUUUAACGUACAGAGUUUCAAAGCUAACUAUACUAAAUUUACAUUCAUGAUGCAGUAGAAAUAAACAAACCAAGACACGUUAAAUGCUACUAGGAGCACUCUCGAAUCAUAAUUUACAAUGUAUAAACUUUGGAAAUCAUGAUUUGGGAUUUACAAUGUAUAUAGGUAGGUAUAUUGUAAAUUAUGAUUCGGGAGUGCUCCUAGUAGCAUUUAACGUGUCUUGGUUUGUUUGGUUCAUCAGGUUACCAAUUUAAACUUCGUAAGCAGAGAUAAAUAGCAAAUAUAUGAUAGUGAAAAGAAAAGAGUACUGUGAAAUUAAUAAAUAUUUUAAUAAUAUCUUUUCUUUUUGAUAAAAUCGGUUAAAUCAUCUUGUUACAAGAGUAUCAAGGCCAAUGUUGGCGUUAGUAACUUUAGUAGGUUGGUUCUAGACACAAAAUUAUAUACCACGGCACUGACCGUACAGAUGUAGCUGAGUUGAAAGGGUCCUGUUUCAGCUACUGAUUUUAUGAGGGACAACCUACGGAACCUAUAGAUACAGACAAUGGAAUAAGACAGAAGGUUCACUAAACCACAGUAUAAAGAGGGACAGUAGAACCACUCUUCGAAAAAUUGGAAGCAAAAUCUUUAGUAGCGCAAGGCGACCGCGCAAUGUUCCCAGUCGCUUUUGCCCCACUCUCGCAUUGCUAGUCGCAUAGAAACGUACGGGUUUUAACAGGCAUCCAACACUGGUGAAUUACCAAUUGUUUACUGCCGGUAUUACUUCUUGAGAUCAAAGUGCCGACAUGGAAGAGGUUUUACUGUCCCUCUUUAUACUGUCACUAAACCCUAUGCUAUUUAAUCUAAUCAUGGAUGAAGUCAUAAAAACCGUCAAUAAAAGAAGAGGAUACAGAAUUGGGAAUAAUGAAAUUAAAAUUUUCUGGUACGCCAAAAUGAAGAUAGCCUUCACAGGCUAGUUUACAGAUUUAAUGUAAGAGCCAAAGAAUUUAGCAUGAUGGUUUCAACUCAGAAAACAGAACAAUAGUAAUCAGUAACAAUGCAAUGGCAUAUAAACUGGAAAUCGAUGGGGUUAGCAUUGAACAAGUAAUGGAAAUAAAGUACCUAGGGCAGAGGUUCUCAAUCUGUGGUACAUGUAUACCACUGGUGGUAUAUAUCGCAUUAUUGGCGGUGGUACACAAAACACAGAAAAAAUUAAAAUAGUAGUACUUAGUAAGUAUUUAUAAUGCAAUUUAAAAAUAUAGGUGGUACUAAAAAUAAUAACAAUAACUGUAGGUGGUACAUCACUCAAAAAGGUUGAGAACCGCUGACCUAGGGAUUACAAUGUCCAGCUAUGGAAAAAAAGUAAGAGAUCAAGUACAGAGAGUAAAUAUAUUAGCAGGAUGCAUUAAUAUCACUAUAUGGCGUAACCGAUGCAUUAACUGUGAGAUGAAAUGAAGAGUUUAUAAAGACAAUAUAAGACCAAUAAUCACGUACGCAUCAUAAAUACGACCCAACACAACAAAAAAAAAAUACUGAGAAUCCAUCCAAGUUAAAACUAGUAAAAAAUUACAAAUAUACAAAAAAAUAAUAAAAUGUUAAGUUGUCCUAAAGAUAUUGGUGCGAUUUUUUCUUUGGAAAAUAUAAAAUAUAGUGUUCUUAAUGUAAUGAUCCACAAAUAGACAUAGAACUUUCUUUAACACAAUUACCAUGUUUACGUAAAAUGUAAAAUAAAAUAAUUAUAAUUA